ACAAGUAUCUUCCGCCAUAUAUUCGUGAAAAAGCUGCAACCUUGUGUGCUUCAGAAUAUGAUAAAGUUAAAUCAGAACAACAAAUACGAUUACAACGCCAGCUGCAAGGAUUACUGAACAGGUUUAAAUAUACGACUGUUAAUAAUAGUGCAAAUUUCAUUCAAGUCCUUGUUGAAGAAUUUGAGGUUUUUCAUGGCCAAUUUAAUAAGUCAAUAGACACAAAAGACAUUGAUGGCAAUGGUGGCAAAGAAUGCACCAAUUUAAUUGUUCUUAUUUCCGAACUCUAUAACUUUCGUGUUGUUUCAUGCACAUUGAUUUAUGAUAUAAUUCGGUUAUUUAUCAUGAAUUUGACUGAUCUGAAUGUAGAAUUAUUGUUAAAAAUUGUUAAAA